AUGUCGAAAUCUUCCAACGCAAUUACAGAGCCAGUCAAUUCGUUGAUCUCGAAUGAAACUUACUCUAGAAUUAUGGGUUUCGUUGCUGGUGUGUUCAGUGGUGUUGCUAAGAAUGCAGUUGGGCAUCCAUUCGAUACCAUUAAGGUGCGGUUACAAACUUCACAAAAUGAAACUAGAUUCAAAGGACCUUUAGAUUGUGUGUACAAGACGUUCAGAAACCAAGGUAUAAGAGGGUUCUAUCUUGGAUUUACACCACCAUUGGUAGGCUGGAUCUUAAUGGAUUCUGUUAUGUUAGGAUGCUUGCAUAACUACAGAAUGUUAAUGCAUAAAUAUGUUUAUCCAAAUGACGAGAAACUUCCCUUGAGUGGGUGUAUUAUAAGUGGUGUGUUAGCAGGCUGGUCUGUUUCAUUUAUAGCACCACCAAUUGAAUUGGCAAAGGCAAAAUUACAAGUUCAAUAUGAUAAAACUACUACCAGAUACAAAGGACCAUUGGAUGUGAUCAAAAAGAUUUAUUCUGCUCAAGGUAUCAGAGGGCUCUAUAAAGGUCUAAUUUCAACAUUGAUCUUUAGAACACAUUUCGUUUACUGGUGGGGAUCAUACGAAUUACUAACAAGGUGGUUCAGAGAGAAUACAAAAAUGAGUGAAGCUGCUAUUAAUUUCUGGGCCGGUGGUUUUAGUGCCUCGUUCGGUUUCUGGACCACUGCCUACCCAAGUGAUGUUGUCAAGCAAGUUGUUUUAUGCAAUGACAAGUACGACGGUUCUUUCAAAUCGUGGAGAACUGCCGUCAAAGACAUUUAUCAAUCAAAGGGUAUCAAUGGAUUCUUCAAAGGUUUUGUGCCAAGUUUCCUAAGAAGUUUCCCUGCAAAUGCGGCUGCCCUAGCAGCCUUUGAAUUUGUUCUAAGAACUUCAGGUGCAAAAUCUUAG